UAAAAAAGAUUUUAUUAUUUACAGACUCACGGUGAGAAGUCUUAGCGACAGCGGAGCAGCGUCAUCAGAGAACCCAUUUGUCCGUAGCCAGCCACCAAGGGAAACCGCCAUCCUCCGACGGGACAACGUCAUCAACCAAAAUCGCUCCUUACCAUUCUGAUGCAACAGAACACGCCUCGUUAAGACAGCUGACGCGAUCUGUCGCAGAGAAGAAAGGAGGCCCUUUCCAACACACCACCGUUGCUAAUUUGUUCCGUCGUUGAAGGCUAUGGCGGCUGUUUCGGGUGCAUUUGUUGUUAGCCAGACCUCGUUAUCAUCAUCGAAACACCAUUCUCCAUCUUCUUCUCCCACGAUGUUAUUAGGCGUUCGUGCUUUUCCGACGAACAGCAAGACAACUCGAGGUCUGAUCCGUUGUCAGCUUUCUUCAUCAAGUGUCUCGGCUCUUCAGCAGCUUAAGAAGUCCGCCUUUGACAGAUACACAAAGGAGAGAAGCAGCAUUGUGGUGAUUGGUCUUAGCAUCCACACUGCUCCUGUAGAGAUGCGCGAGAAGCUUGCCAUUCCUGUUGCUGAAUGGCCUCAGGCUAUCUCUGAGUUGUCCGCUUUGAAUCAUAUUGAAGAAGCCGCUGUUCUCAGCACCUGUAACCGGAUGGAGAUCUAUGUCUUGGCUCUCUCUCAGCACCGUGGUGUCAGAGAAGUCACUCAAUGGAUGUCCAAGAGAAGUGGAAUCCCAGUUUCUGACAUCUGUCAGCACUGGUUUCUCUUGCACAACAAGGACGCCACGCAACAUCUGUUUGAAGUCUCAGCUGGUCUGGACUCUCUUGUCCUAGGGGAAGGUCAGAUACUCGCACAGGUUAAACAAGUUAAAGAGAAACUGCGCAACGGGUUUGGUAUGGUUAUCCCUGGGCUGUUUGAAAAGGCUAUCACGGCUGGGAAGCGUGCCAGAGCAGAGACAGGUAUUGCCUCCGGGGCUGUUUCCGUUAGCUCUGCUGCCGUCGAGCUUGCUCUCACCAAGCUUCCACCAGGAUCUGCAUCGUCUGCUGUGAUGUUGGUUGUUGGCGCAGGAAAGAUGGGGAAGCUUGUAAUCAAGCACCUGGUUGCCAAAGGUUGCACUAGGAUGGUUGCUGUGAACCGAAACCAAGAGAGAGUUGCAGCUAUCCAAGAGGAGAUGCCGCCUGGCGUUGAGAUCGUUUAUAAACCCCUUGAUGAGAUGCUAGCUUGUGCUGGAGAAGCCAACGUGAUUUUCACUAGCACAGCAUCUGAGACACCAUUGUUCUUGAAGGAGCACGUUGAGACUCUCCCUCUUCCGGCUGCUGCGAGGCUCUUUGUUGAUAUCUCUGUUCCUAGAAACGUUGGAUCUUGUGUCGCUGAAUUAGAGGGUACACAGCUUUACAACGUGGAUGAUCUCAAGGAAGUUGUUGCUGCCAACAAAGAAGACAGGGCGAGGAAGGCAAUGGAAGCUCAGGAUAUAAUAACAGAGGAAACUAAAAAGUUUGAAGCGUGGAGGGACUCGCUGCAGACGGUUCCGACAAUCAAGAAACUAAGAAGAAAAACAGAUAGAAUCAGAGCUGAUUCGGUUGAAAAGUUCAUGUCGAAAUAUGGAAAAGACAUGGACAAGAAGACGAAGGAAGCAGUAGAGGAUCUAACCAGAGCUAUGGUGAACAAGAUCCUCCACGGUCCAAUGAAACAUUUGAGAUGCGAUGACACGGAGAACAGACCGCUGCCUGAGACGCUAGAGAACAUGGAGGCUCUCAACAGAAUGUUUGAACUCGAACUAGAGUUACUCGAGGAGAAGAUCAGAGCAAAGAUGGAACAAAAAUAGAGAGAGAGAGAGAAGUCAGAAGACACGCCUUUUGUUAUAAAACGAACUUGAGUAGAACGUGAACAUGUCCUCAUUGAUGUCUUUGAUGAUAAGUAAGCCACAAUUAUUCUUUUACGUUUUUGUUUAAUAAAUAUUUAUUUACCAAA